AUGCCGGAGGAAGAGCACGACAGUGACGAAGCCCUGAUUGACCUUGAGGGCGCAGAGGAGAACUACGACACCUACCCAACUCCGGCAGCAGAAACCUACGCACAUCUCCCGAGGCCCAUCCGCGACAACAUCCACUUCUGCAUCCAAUCCAUCGAGACCAGCGACUCCGAAUACCAGGACACCAUCAACACCAUCGACGCAGCAUUCGACGCCCAAAAGAUAUCGCUAGACGAACAGCACGCCCGCUCUAAAGCCCAAGAAGCCGCUUUCGAAAAGAGAGAAGCACUCUAUAUCCGCCUGCCUACCAACCAAGCCGUGAACCUGGUUCACAACGCUUUGCUUGUGGAACAUGCACAAGAACGCGUACUCAUCGCGGAUAUGUUCAGAGCGGUCAAGAUUGGGAAGGUGGAUAUGAGAGCUGCGAAGGCGGACGGGCUGAAGAAGGCUAAGGAGGUAUAUCUGAGGCAGCGCAAAACACUCAGCAAGCUAAUCGAGGGCUUGAGUGUCGUGCGGGGUUUCAACGGUAUGACUAGCGGGCCGAGGUACUCACCGGUUGCUUCGAUAGCUACCUCUCCAGCUACAGCCCUCUCUACAGCUCAGAGACACAAACUCACAUCCACUAUCAAGGAUGUGAUUCGCAACUGCAUUACCGCCAAAGCAUCCAGCGUGUCAAAUUGGAAAGUGGAGAGGAUCAAGUCUAAAACACAGGCCAAGGCGGACACGAAGGCAUUAACGACGAGCCAUGAGCUUUUAUGUUCUCACGGAGAUGACUUCAACGCAAGAGUCACCCUGUUCGAGAGCUUGAAAUCCUAUCCAAACUCCCUGCGUCCCUACUUCACCCGCAUCGAACGUGACAUGGAUAAGGAACUUCUCCUCUUGAAUGAAUGCAACAAGCAUUUGAACGAAGAACAAGCACGCAUUGAGGGAGAACACAAGGAGAGGAAAAGUAAGGCUUACGAGCGCUGUGCCGAGGAGCAAGAGUGGCAUGAUAGGCAGUUGCAAAGUCUUCGGUCCCUGGCCAAGACUGCAGGAAUCUCUCUUGACGACUGA